CAGCGCUAGGAAGGAUCGCGAAGGAGCUGGGAGGCCCCGCCCUUUCCGUAGAUAUCUCUAGAAAGCCCGGCAGGAGCCCGAAAACAAAGAGUGCGCACGCGCGGCGGCUAGGCCCGGGCAUUUUGCUGCGUCACCAGCCGCCGCCCGGCCUCACCACCCCUCGCUCGCACGCACGCACGUUCGUUGUCCGUCCUCGCGCCCCUUUUCCUACACUUUCCUCUUCUUCUCGACCGGAGGAGUCGCUCUCCCCGCGCGGUGCAUUCUGGGGACCCAGGUCGAGCCCGCCGCUGCCGUCGCUUAAGGGAAGCGAGAAGAGGCCGCUGCCGGGGAGAAGACGCCGGAGUCGCCACCGGAGAGGAGUUGCCUGCCCAGGAGCUGCCGCCGGAGACGCCCGCCACCCGUUCGCCCGCCACCCGUUCGCCCGUCCCCCUGCCCCGUUCACGAUGCAGCCUGCUUCUGCAAAGUGGUACGAUCGAAGGGACUAUGUCUUCAUUGAAUUUUGUGUUGAAGACAGUAAAGAUGUUAAUGUAAAUUUUGAAAAAUCCAAACUUACAUUCAGUUGUCUUGGAGGAAGUGAUAAUUUUAAACAUUUAAAUGAAAUUGAUCUUUUUCACUGUAUUGAUCCAAAUGAUUCCAAGCAUAAAAGAACGGACAGAUCAAUUUUAUGUUGUUUACGAAAAGGAGAAUCUGGCCAGUCAUGGCCAAGGUUAACAAAAGAAAGGGCAAAGCUUAAUUGGCUUAGUGUGGACUUCAAUAAUUGGAAAGACUGGGAAGAUGAUUCAGAUGAAGACAUGUCUAAUUUUGAUCGUUUCUCUGAGAUGAUGAACAACAUGGGUGGUGAUGAGGAUGUAGAUUUACCAGAAGUAGAUGGAGCAGAUGAUGAUUCACAAGACAGUGAUGAUGAAAAAAUGCCAGAUCUGGAGUAAGGAAUGUUGUCAUCGCUGGAUUUUGAGAAAGAAAAAUAACUUCUGCAAGAUUUCAUAAUUGAGAGAAUUCCUAAAUUGAUAGCUCUAAAGGCAGAUUCUGUAUUUGCCUCCUUUAACCCAUUUUUCAACCUGUUUGUUUUUUUAAAGGCUUCACUAAGGGUUGAUAUGUACCAUUGUAUGGGGCAAUUUUAAGUCAGCUAAGGCAAUAACCUUAUGCAUGAACAUUUCCCAGAUUUCCAUGAUGCUGUUGAGGUCCUAGGCAAUUGAUAAAGCAGUUGUGAUAAAUAAAAAACAUUUUACCUAAGUCUCCUUUACUUCAUAACAUAGAUACUGACAUGAUUGGAAGCUUUUGGCUUAGGGAAAGUAAAUUUUAGAUUUUAGAACAUGGACUCAAAGUGGCUGAAACAAAUUGGUUGAUACUUUAAGCUGGUAACAUGUUGUUCCUCUGGUAUAUCCUUCAGGAUUGUUCCACUAAAGUUUUAUUUUUCAAAAAAUUUACUUCACAUUAUUGUACGUAAGUGAUCACUUGUCAGUGUUCCAGAUGUAUCUUAGCUAAAACUAGUGAAUGCCCUAACUUAGAUGGUUUUGAAGCCUGUACAUUUGGUAUUGUUUGACCCUUAAACUUUUACAUCUCUUAGCAUGGAGGACGAAGAAAGGCUGUACAUUGUUGCUUGAGAGUCUGUACAUUUAGACCAAAUUUGUAUUUGCACUGUCAGUAUGGCAAAUGAGUUAAAAAAAUGUUAAUACACUAUUGGAUUUUUUAUUUUAUUAUUAUUUUUUUUUGAUUCAGCUUGUACCUGGGCUGAAAACCUCAAUUUAUGUUCAUGAUAGUGGGGAGUUUUUUUAAUGUCUACAUUCUUUCUAAUAAACUGUUGGAAGACUUCUUGGCUAUCCUUUCAAGUGUCUGGUUUACUGUAAUUUCAUGUAUUGCCAUUUACUGGAAUUGAGUUUUUAUUUUUGCUUGAGGAAGAAUUUGGGAAUAUUCCUCUGUUUGGGAAAAAAAAAAGAGGCUUGCUGUAAUGUCACAGAAAACCUUUUAAAAGUGGAUCUGUAAUAGAAAAUUGUAGAUGCACUUUGCAACAGUUGGAAAAGAAAGUGUUGUGAUUUGAUUGAAAUAAAACUAAAUCUGUUGUCCUCCUCUAAA